AUGUCUUCUUCACCAUCGGAGACUAUUGAUGAUGGUGAUGCAAUUCAUCAUCCAUCCAAUGAUAAUGUACAACAAUCAUCAUCGGAUGAUAAUACAUUGGAUAAUAAUAUUGAUAACAAUAACAAUACAUUAGAUAAUAAUAGUAUUGAUAAUAAUAAUAAUAAAAAAGAAAUUAAAUUAGAAGAUUUAUUAACAGAAGAAGAAAUAGAAAUAGCAUCUAAAGUAUUAGAAAAAUUAUCAUUUCAUUCAUAUUUAUUAACAAAUCCUAAAUUAUCAAAUUUAAUAUUAUCAGUCUUUAGUUUUUAA